AUGACAGCUCAACCUCAACAAGCGAACAAUAUGGCUGCAUACAUUCCGAAUCAUCCAGAACUGCAAUACACAGGAGUCCACCCAAAUAGAAUGUUGGUGAUUAAUUUUAGACGGAAUGGUGGAGACGAUAUCCUUGAUCUCAUCAAGCAGUAUACUCUCCUAACUGAAAGACUAGUCCUCUACAUCGAUUUUACUCAGCCUAGUACUUUGACACCAGCAGAACAAGCCGCAAUUAAACGGCGCAUUAUCAAAAUUCGUGAUGCCAUCAACUACGUUGCCCCCGGUGCACUAUUUACAUCGAAUAAGAUUUUAACUGUGCAAGUGUUGGUCAACAUGAGCCAAUUUAGCACUUGGCGGCUUAAGAGCUGUGCCGGUCUCGCUGAAUUGGUCCCGAAGUGGGAUCUCAGAUGGCAAAUCAAUGGUGGAGCUACGAGAACUUGUUACAGAAGCGAGUUUGGCGAGGUGGUUGAUUUGGAACAAAUCAUCAUCAACUAG